AUGCUUCGAUGCUCAAGAAAAUUUGCUCAUCGAAACUUCGUGAUAAUUAGUAUCGUUCUUACAUGUUUUAUUGUAUCAAGAGUUUUUCCGGGGCAAUCAUCCGUAACUGAGGAGCAAGCUAUUAUACAGCACAAGCAUCAUAUUUUCAAUGCAUCAGAUUCGUUGGUAAUAGUGAAUUUAAUUGAUCAAUUUCUUCAUAAAAACGAUCCAAACGAACGUGAUGAACUUUGGUCAUUAAUUGUACAGGACUGGUUAAACUCAUUUCAAAUGUACUCAGAAAGUGCUGAGAUUAUCUGUACAACAUCAUCAUUUGCAUCAUCGCUUGCUUUUAUUCACCAACAUCUAUAUGACUAUGCAGAAAAAUUACUUUCAAAAAAUAAAGAUCUUCAGAAACAUUUGAUUGGUUUUGGCGUUUUCUUUGACUAUGACGUGAAAGAAAUUCGUUCAAAAUCUCAUGAUAUUUUACGUAAUCUGUUUCUUUCAAUUUGUACCUAUUAUGAAUUGAUUGUAUUAAUCAUAAAAGUUCAACUUGCAUUAAUUGAAUUAAAUAUUAAUUAUUUCAUCGGAAAAAAUACAUUAUUAGGUUCUCUACGCCAUCAUGAUAUUAUACCAUGGUCUUCUAUUGUUGAAUUUAGUCUACCAUUGUAUAGUAAAACAAAAUUUAUAGAUAAUAUUAAUAAAAAAUAUGAACUUGUAUUACAAGAAGUCACUAAUGCAUAUAUUAAUCAGAAACAAAUUGGAUUGGUUUAUAAAGUUUCUAGCGGAUCAAAACCGUGGCCACAAAUUGAAAUUUAUUUUUAUGAAGAAAAUUCUACACAAAUAUAUGAUUCAUAUAUCAAUGGCAAUGAAUCAGCUGUGAAAAUCGGUUAUUUAAAAAAAGAGGACGUUUUUCCUAUUCAACUUCGUCCAUUUGGACCAUUACUUCUGCAUAGCAUUCGUAAUCCUCAAGCCAUGAUUUCUAUUCAAACAUUAAAUACUUGUGAAAGUUUUCCAUGGAAUCAUCAAUUAGAAAAGCAAACAGAUAAAAAUGAUCAUAUUCAAAUGUCAUGUGAACGAUUACAUAGAGUUUAUUCAUUUGUUGAAACAAGAGCUAGUUGGCGACGAGAUUAUUGUGAAGAAAAAAUUACAACUAAACGUUUACCAUAUAGAACUUUGAGUUACUUUAGAUACAAUUGUUCAGAGAAUACCCUCAAUCAAUUCCAAUAA